AUGCUCCCAUGUGCACGACUAGGGGGAGGAGAGGAUAAUUACGAGAAUAUCUGGUACAGGUGCUGCCUUUUGAAGGCUCAGAAGAAGCGAUUCAAAAGGCGCGACUCCAACGAAGAGAUUCCAAAGACGCCAUUAAAAGAAGGAAUUCCAUUAUCUCCCCUCAAACCUCCAACACCUCUCAACGCCGCUGUCAGCCGGAUAUCCAACCCAUCCAACCUCUCAACAAAUCCGCAACGCUUUAGGAGCAAGACAUCACUCCCUUUCAAAACAAAACACCCCCUUCAAAGAAAGACCUCCCCCCCUUCAACCCCAACCAACCACCCCCCUACAACAAAACCACAACCCCAAUCGCCACCAACCCCAACAGCGCCGCAGAAGAAGCACACGAAUUCCACGCCACACCCCCCACCACCCCCUCGCCUGCCCGCUCUCCCUAAUAUUCGUCACCAGCGGAAUCUCCGCCGUCGGCGUCCCAUUCACACGCGUCCCAUUCGUCAGCGUCCCGUUGAUCUGCGGCAUCGUCGUCGUUGUGGCGGGUGGGGGAGGUUUGGAUGA